GCCUCAGUAAAUGCUGACUGUCGCUCCGACUCUGCGCUCUUCGAUUCAUUUGCUCCUUGAUUCCCUCACGAUGAAAGGGAGGUGAUUCUCCUCGCCGCCAUUUUUAGGGGAACUGCCUAUCGAGGAGAGAAACUUUGCUAGCUACUGCCUAACGUUAGCAGCUAGCUAGUUGGCCAGUAGCCUGCCUUCCUGUCUGCCUACCAGCUCGUUGUGACAGUUAACGCUUGACAGUCGUUAGCUAGUUCAGCGUGCCUCACGUUGGUAUAUAUUAUUCCAGCGGCCGGCCAGUAUAUAUGACAAAAACAACGGCUAUUGCUGGAGGAAGAAUUGAGCUAGAUUUAAAGUCAGCCUGACCGUCUUUAUUGGGUAGGGCAAUUGUACGCUCAGUUAGAUUAUCGAAUUAGCAUUGCUAACUUAUUAGCUAGCGAAUUCACACUUUGAUUUCUCUGGACUGCAUUGCCUCGUCUGUGAUUUAGCGUCAGCCGCUUACCCUGCUGUGUUCAGGGUGACUGGAUUAACCAGCCGCUUAUACCCCACCUCGCAACCUGUGUGGAUUCAUCUUGACCAGGUGCCCAUGUGCUGGUUCCUUAGGCCCAUCCAUUACCGCAGAUGAAUCUUCAGCUGCUUUGGUGUAGCUCAGCACCCAGAUAGUCCCAUCCCCUUUGCGUGGGCGAUAAGGGACUACAUUAACAAGGAUGCCCUCCUCUGUAAGGGCAGGGAGCCUGAAGGAUCCGGAGGUGGCUGAGCUUUUCUUCAAAGAAGACCCAGAGAAGCUUUUCUCGGACCUCCGAGAGAUUGGCCAUGGCAGCUUUGGCGCUGUCUACUUUGCACGGGAUGUGCGCACGAAUGAGGUGGUGGCAAUUAAAAAGAUGUCCUACAGUGGCAAACAAUCUAAUGAGAAAUGGCAGGACAUAAUAAAGGAGGUGAAGUUUCUCCAGAGGAUCCGGCACCCCAACAGUAUAGAGUACAAAGGUUGUUACCUCCGUGAGCACACAGCAUGGCUGGUGAUGGAGUACUGUCUCGGCUCAGCCUCCGAUCUGCUAGAAGUUCAUAAAAAACCUUUACAAGAAGUAGAGAUUGCUGCCAUUACACAUGGUGCUCUGCAGGGGCUGGCCUACCUUCAUUCCCAUAACAUGAUCCACAGGGAUGUGAAGGCAGGCAACAUUCUGCUGACUGAGCCCGGGCAGGUCAAACUGGCCGACUUCGGCUCGGCCUCCAUUGCCUCACCUGCCAACUCCUUUGUGGGAACGCCAUAUUGGAUGGCCCCAGAGGUAAUUCUAGCUAUGGACGAGGGCCAGUAUGAUGGGAAGGUGGAUAUCUGGUCCUUAGGGAUCACCUGUAUAGAAUUAGCUGAGAGGAAGCCUCCCCUGUUUAACAUGAAUGCAAUGAGUGCCUUAUACCACAUAGCGCAGAAUGAGAGCCCUACACUGCAAUCCAGUGAAUGGACGGAUUACUUUAGAAACUUUAUCGAUUCAUGCCUUCAGAAAAUCCCCCAAGACAGACCACACUCUGACGACAUGCUGGGUCAUGCGUUUCUGCAGCGUGAACGUCCAGACUCCGUGCUGAUGGAUCUCAUCCAGAGGACCAAGGAUGCAGUGCGAGAGCUGGAUAACCUGCAGUACCGUAAAAUGAAGAAGAUCCUCCUUCAGGAGGCCCACAACGGACCCACAGCAGAAGUCCAGGAUGGAGACGAGGAGCUGGAGCCGGGCGGAGGUCGGACGGGAACGGUGAACAGUGUUGGCAGUAAUCAGUCCAUCCCCAGCAUGUCCAUCAGCGCCAGCUCCCAGAGCAGCUCUGUCAACAGCCUGAACGAAGCGGCCCAGGACAGCCGCAGCGAGCUGGACCUGAUGGAGGGAGACCACACAGUCAUGUCAAACAGCUCAGUCAUACACCUCAAACCGGAAGAAGAGGAGAGUUUCUCUGCGGAGCAGGCAGCCACCAGUCAACCCACUGAGCCCCAGCCAACACCAGCUCAAGCCCCAAGGAAGCACUACCGCAACAGAGAGCACUUUGCCACCAUACGCACAGCGUCACUCGUUACCCGUGAGAUGCAGGAACAUGAGCAGGACUCUGAGCUGCGGGAGCAAAUGUCGGGAUACAAACGCAUGAGACGGCAACAUCAGAAGCACCUGAUGGCCCUGGAGAACAAGCUGAAGGGGGAGAUGGAUGAGCACAGGCUGAGGCUGGACAAAGAGCUGGAGAGUCAGAGGAACAACUUCACCCAGGAGAUGGAGAAGCUGCUCAAAAAACACCAGGCGGCUCUGGACAAAGAUCUGAAGACGUUCACCAACGAUGAGAAGAAGUUUCAGCAGCACAUCCAGGUGCAGCAGAAGAAGGAGCUCAGCAGCUUCCUGGAGUCACAGAAGCGGGAGUAUAAACUACGCAAGGAGCAGCUCAAAGAGGAGCUGAGUGAGAACCAGUCGACUCCAAAGAAAGAGAAGCAGGAGUGGCUGUCCAAGCAGAAAGAGAACAUCCAGCACUUCCAGGCUGAGGAGGAGGCCAACCUGCUGAGGAGACAGAGGCAGUACCUGGAGCUGGAGUGUCGGCGCUUCAAACGCAGGAUCCUCAUUGCCAGACACAAUGUGGAGCAGGAUCUGGCCAGAGAGGAGCUGAACAAACGGCAGACACAGAAGGACCUGGAGCACGCCAUGCUGCUCAGGCAUCACGAGUCGAUGCAAGAGCUGGAGUUCAGGCACCUGGGGACGAUCCAGAAGGCGCGGGCAGAGCUGAUCCGGACCCAGCACCAGACAGAGCUCACCAACCAGCUGGAAUACAAUAAGAGGAGGGAGAGGGAGCUGCGGCGCAAGCAUGUCAUGGAGGUCCGACAGCAGCCCAAGAGCCUCAAGUCUAAGGAGCUUCAGAUCAAGAAGCAGUUCCAGGAGACUUGUAAAACCCAGACCAGGCAGUACAAGGCCCUGAGGAACCACCUGCUGGAGACCACACCCAAGUCUGAUCACAAGGCUGUGCUCAAGAGGCUGAAGGAGGAGCAGACCAGGAAGCUGGCCAUCCUGGCCGAGCAGUACGAUCACUCGAUCAACGAAAUGCUAUCCACGCAGGCUCUGCGGUUAGAUGAGGCUCAGGAGGGGGAGUGUCAGGUUCUAAGGAUGCAGCUGCAGCAGGAGCUGGAGCUGCUCAACGCGUACCAGAGCAAGAUCAAGAUGCAAACAGACGCUCAGCAUGACAAGGAGAGGAGGGAGCUGGAGCAGAGGGUCUCUCUGCGGAGGGCUCUGCUGGAGCAGAAAAUUGAGGAGGAAAUGCUUGCCCUGCAGAACGAGCGCCUGGAGCGAAUCCGCUCACUGCUGGAGCGCCAGGCCCGAGAGAUCGAGGCUUUUGACUCGGAGUCCAUGCGGCUGGGCUUCAGCAACAUGGUGCUCACAAACCUGGCUCCUGAUUCCCAGGGAGGCUGGGGGGGAGGAGGUGGAGGAGGCCAGGGGGCUCAGGGAGGAGGCCACUGGCCCGGAGGAGGUGGAGGAGGCGGCCACCAUAGUCAUCACCACCAGGGGGGCUCCAGCUCACAGCAGCCCUGGGGUCACCCCAUGCUGGCUGGGGGCCCGCCACCCUGGAGCCUCCACCACCCCGGAGGAGGGAGUCAGAGGGGGAGCGGAGGAGGGGCAGGUGGGGUGAGAAACAGCCCGCAGGCUAUGAGGAGGACGCCAUCAGGGGGGAGGAAUGAACAGGGCAUGAGCAGGAGCGCCAGCAUCACCUCUCAGAUAUCCAACGGAUCCCACCUGUCAUACACCUAGAACACGCACACACACACACACUCACACACACAAGCAACACAAUAAUUGUCUUAAAUUAAAAUAAAUUCUUGUGCACCGAGGUAACACUGUACACACACACACACACACACACACACACACACACACCAUGCAUGCACCACACAUACAUUCGUUGUUUCCCACAGUGCGUCUGACACACAGUGCACAGUAUUGAGACUGGGUUACUUCCACUCAGUUGCUCUCCCAUCACCACUGCUCUCUUACAUCAGUGCACUGCUAGCAGCAGUCUGUGGAAGCCCAAAAGUCUUGAGACUAAUCCAAGAUGGCUGAGGGCCGUAUACAGUAUGCCACAAUGCAAUAGUGUCAUUUUUACUGUAGCCCACAGUGCUACUAUGUGUUUGUAGUUGCCAUGUUAGUCUCUGUUGCCAUAUACUCACAGUAGUAUUCAUAUAAUCUACCAUGAAGUAGAUUAUCAUGAGUUGUCAAUUUGCAGUACUCUCUUUUAUACUACAUAGGUUUGAGAUAAAUCUGAUACUUAAGGUGCAGUAUUGGAAAAUUUGCAUUCAGUGUGCAAUUUUUAGAGUAAAAAUUUUUUAAAAAAUUUGCAAAUUCCUCCAAACCACUCACAGCUCAUUUAAGCACAGACUCUUACUGAAAGAAUGUUUAAUGAGAUUAUCGUUUCCGUGCAGUCGCAGGCAAAUGAGAAGGCAGGUGGUCACGUAGGGGUCUGAAUGAAGAUUGGUGUUUGACACAGACAGUUUCAGCACGCAUUGGAAAGGUCUAGACAGGAAGUGUAAAGAGAACGAAUGUUGUCGUAUGUGAGCACCAGUGAGAGAUCUCUGACUUUAUAUUAGUGGCACAGGGACUGCCGUGGUGUCCUGGAAAGCUGGAAGUAUCCUCCAGCUGAGGAAAUCUGACCAGUGGACUCACCAGGUGCAUCAUUUCAUUGAAACAAACUAAAAAAAACCAAACAAAAAAACCCUCUAUCCUCAGUGCUACACGGGCUCGUAUUCCCUGGUGUUAAGAGUUAUUGUGUGAUGUGAGCAGGGCUGCAAAGAUGCCAAAGGAAAGGGCGCAGAGUCAGAUUCGUCAUUAUAAUUAUCCAUGCCAACAUACUGUUUUUAUGUAUUUAAUGAGAUUGUGCCAGAGAUGUGAGUGGAAGUUCAGCGUAAUACUACGAGGCCAAGUAGAUGCAUGUGUUGCUGUAUUGGAGGAGAAAGAGCGGAGUCCUUUCUCGUGCCUGCUCAGCCUCAUUGGCUCGGCUCUUGGGUUUCCACAGACCUCUGCUCUUGACUCGCUCCUUGUGACAGGGAUGGGUUUUCAGCAGCGCCUAACCUCCUACUGUAAUAGUUUCAGAACUGGUGUUCACUCUCCUCUUGUUUGCAGUAAUUUGCAGGUCUAAUUUGGCACCGUGUUGGUCGGUGGAAGCGAUGUACGACACAGUAAAAAAAAAAAAAAAACUGACAAAUUUAACCAUGGCUGUUGGCCUCGUUCUAGAACACUCAAGUAGAGCUUCACCACAGGGUGUCGGGACUCGACAAUGACUUGCACUUUGGCACAGGCCUUGUACCCCACACUAAGUUUUAAUAUUUACACGCAUACAUACAUACAAAAGUUAUUGAUUUGGUAGUAUGCCCCUUUGCACACUUGAAGAAUGCAUGUACAGGGUUAAAUUUUAUGAAAGCAGCAUUUGUGUCGGGGCAGCAACAUCCAUCUGCCCAAAAAAAAUAUCCCCGAGUGUUUUUUGAUUUUUAAAAAGACCCUUCUAAGGGAAAGCAGAUAUGGUGAAUGAGCAGGGAGCGCGAAAGAGGAGCUUCACUCGCACUCUGCUGGUUGGUGACUGCUGAAUGUCUCGGUGGGUGGAUGGGCGGUGAUGCUGUGAUCUCCGCUGCCAUGCCCCUGCAACCUUCCCCCCGGUCUGACGGCCCGCUCUGUCUCACCCCUGUUGACCCCGAUGUCAUGCUUUGACCACCGAUCUCCCCGCUUCCCUCGACCUUUGUUUCCUCCCCUCCUGAGCCUGGUGUGUUCCUCACCUCCUCCCUGAUCUAUUUGGGAAGAGCUCUUUAAGUGAAAGAAAAGAAGAAAAUCUAUAUAUUAUUAUUAUUAUUAUUAUUAUAUAGAUCUAUAAAAAAGAAGGAUUAUAAAGAUAAAGGCACAAGUCUUAUUGUGAAAUGCAGAGAUUAUGCAUUAUAUGACUUUCAGAGGUGGAAUGUACAUGAAACCUGUUAAUAUUGUAUAUUUUGAAUUUGAAAAUAUGGAAAUCUAAUUGACAACUCAAAGACAAAUUAUCUUGUUGUGAUGCGGACACAGUGACGUGGUUUCAGACCGGCGGUAUUCAAGCGAACCUUUUACGGCCGCUGGGUUUUCACUGUCUUACUUGCAGCUGCGAGUUCUGAAACAUAUUACAGAUAUUCUGUUGUGAGUGAUAACAACACAACUUUAGGGCAGAUUGCCUUGAGGAAAUGGCAACAUUUUGUUUAAUGCUGAAUGAGGAUGAUUUUGCACAUAAUUUGAAAUGUUAGGUGUAGCCUUUGCUUUAGCAAUGGUUAUAUUUUACUGAUGAUACCCAAUACAGAAGACUUGUUCGUCUCUUUCGGUUUUUAGAAGACUCUCAGACCUAAAGUACAGGUUAUAAUAACAUAAAAAAAGAAAGAAUUGCCUUUCAAAGAUUAUAUCAAAUAUUAAAAAAAAUGCUGAAUUCUAAAAUAUUUGGCUGCAUAAACAAUGUUUAGUGUGCUCCACAACCUCAAAUUGUUUCCAAAUUCUUGCACAAGACAGUGAAAAUAUAUGUUGUUUGAUAUCUACAAAGAGUUGCCCUUAGGUGUUGUGGGGUCCACAGAUAUUAUUUGGACUUUUAUUUCUGAUUUAUGAAACACGCGCCCUCUUUUGUUGUGGUUAUAUACAAAGCAUUUUCACACUGCACUUAAGUAUUUGCCUUUUUUACAUCUUACCACCCUGCACUCAGAACUUAUAAUCCUGUUGUUUUUCUUGGCUUAGUUCUGAAAACAGAAAAAAAAAAAAAAAACAAUGUGGUGGUCCCACUUCUCUCUUCAGCCA